UUCCUCCCUAGUCCCCUCCCUCCCUCGCUCCCUCGCUCCCUCCUCGCACUCCGCGGCUCCGGCCGCGCGCUGGCGGGGCUCCGCAUUGCACACUCUGGGGGCGCCGCAGUGUUCGUGGGAUGGGGCAGCGGGCUGCCGCUGGCGGCCGGAAUCCGCGUGCAGCCGGGGUUCUCUACGGCAGAGCAUGACAGCUCCACCAUCUGCUUUGUUCCUGUGUGAAGGCCUGUGCUGGUCCCAGUCAGGGACACCAUCAAGGAAGCAUUCCGCAUGACAUGGUUCUUGCCACAGCUGGGUAUCAGUGUUGACCCUGCAGCUGGCCCCACAGAGGAAAUUGCAGCCCAAAGGGAGUGGCCUGUCUUGAGGUAUCACCGUGGAUGUCUGUGCAAAUCCUCUUUCAUCGUCCCGAGUUCCCGCUCCCAGGUCCCCUGGAUGAGUGAAGCCUUGGUCUGCCAUGGAAGCUGGCCCCGCCCUGGCCUGGCUCCUGCUCCUCAGUCUGCUGGCUGACUGUCUGAAAGCCGCCCAGUCCCGGGACUUCACCGUGAAAGACAUUAUCUACCUCCACCCUUCAACCACGCCAUAUCCUGGUGGAUUUAAGUGCUUCACCUGCGAAAAGGCAGCAGACAAUUAUGAGUGCAACCGAUGGGCUCCAGACAUCUACUGCCCUCGAGAGACUAGAUACUGCUACACUCAACACACCAUGGAAGUCACGGGAAACAGCAUCUCUGUCACCAAGCGCUGUGUUCCACUGGAAGACUGCUUGUCCACUGGCUGCAGAGACUCCGAGCAUGAAGGCCACAAGGUCUGUACUUCCUGUUGUGAAGGAAAUAUCUGUAACUUGCCGCUCCCCCGAAAUGAAACCGAUGCCACAUUUGCUACAACAUCACCCAUAAAUCAGACGAAUGGGCACCCACACUGCAUGUCCGUGAUAGUGUCCUGCCUGUGGGUGUGGUUGGGACUCACAUUAUAGCAGCUCAGAGACACCCUGUAGUAGCAAUCCCUGGGGGCCUUGAGGGUCCAUAGUCAUGCAUGAGGCCUUGGCCUGACAAUAGUCACAUAUGUGAAAACACAGCACUCCGGAUGUCUUCACAGCCAAGCACUUCUACUUACCACAAGGAACAAGCAUUGCUUCAAUGUAGUCAUUUCAAGACCUCAUCAAAGCAGCCUGCCCCCAAACAACCCCUGAAUUCUAUGCCAUAAGCAUUUGUUUUCCCUCCAAAAAAUAGUUUUUCGUUUACUGAGAUCUGGGGCUCUUAGUUUGGAAUACAUGCACGAACCACAGAAGUCCUGGGACCCUCUGAGAUGUUGUGUGUCCUCAGUCGCUCCGUCUUGUCUGACUCUUUGUGACCCCAUGGACUGUAACCCACCAGGCUCUUCUGUCCAUGGAAUUUCCUAGGCGAGAAUACUGGAGUGGGGUGCCAUUUCCUACUCCAGGGGAUCUUUGCAACCCAGGGAUUGAACCUGAGUCUCUUGUCUCCCGCACUGGCAGGUGGAUUGUUUACCGCUAGUGCCGCCUGAGAAGCCCCAAUAUGUUAUAUGGACACAUAUAGACCUGUGUUCUUCAGAAGAAAGGUCAAUGACUGCUGAUUUAGGUGGUCCAACCAUGAAUUCACUUAUAGCUUUAGAGUUUUAAAAACUUUGAUUCCCAAAUGAAUGGACAGUUUUCUUGGCAAUUCUGAUCUAAGUCCCUAGAAAAAUAGUAAGCAUUUUGUCCAAUUUAACUGUCCCAAUAUUCUUCUCCCAGUGAUAGGAAUCAUACUCCCCUUUUUUCUGCAUGGGAUAAAAAGGCAAUCAUAAGGGUUUUUGUAUGAGAGGAGAGGUGGCUGGAAAAGGACUUUUCCCAACUUAAUUGAAUUAACAUUCAUAAGGCGGCUGUUUAUCCCUUCAUAUAAUUGGUGAGAUUAGCCUUGACUGGCACCUAAUUUUGCUCCAUGAGAUUCUGGAUUCUACUUGGACUAAUAGGUAUCCAAAGUGGCUGACAGCAAGAUGGGCUUAUUUCCUCCAAGCAUGAGCUUCUAUUCAGGCAUGGCUAAUCGAGACAGAGAAAGGAUUUCAGAAUGAAAGGAAGACAUGUGGAAUUGAUUUGUGAGUGCGCAGUCAGUGUCUCUGCCAAACCUUUCAUCUGCAAUUUACACUGCCCAAGAGCCUCCUUUGUUCUUUCUCUUCCAAACCCCCGGUGACUUCAGGGAGAAGUUUCUGCAUUAUGUUGUCUCCAGAUUGAUAGGGAAAGAAGUCGUAAUAUCCCAGGAUGAGAAGCAAGUGGGCCAGUAGGGUCGUGAUGAGAAUAGUACAAAAACCCAGAGAGAAGUUUUUCUUGGUUUCAGAUGAUUGCUUUUGAAUGGUAAAACUUU